AUGGUCACGUUCUCGGUGCUGGCUUGGGCAGGCGUCCAGCUCUUCCAUCAGAUGAGGAGGCUCCUCGUCCACGCCUUUGCUCCGUACCCCCUUUUCCCCUCCUUUGGUGCUUGGGCAGUGAUAACGGGAUGCACGGACGGGAUCGGGCUCAGCUACGCCAAGGAGUUGGCCCGGCGAGGAAUGAAAAUCGUCUUGAUCAGCAGGAAUCCUGAGAAGCUCGAGGCAGUGGCUUGGCAAAUAAAAAAGGAAUUUAGCGUGGAGACCCUCGUUGUUCAAGCCGACUUCAGGAAGCUGGACAUCUACGAGGGGAUAAAGGAGAAGCUGGCGGGCCUGGACGUCGGGGUCCUCGUGAACAACGUGGGGAUUACAACGGAUAUUCAGUCGUUUCUGGAUGUCCCCGAGGGAGAUAAGGCGUACCAGGACUUGAUCCUGGUCAACAACAUGUCCCUGGUCCGAAUGACCCACAUGGUCCUCCCUGGGAUGGUCGAGAAGGGAAAGGGGAUCAUCAUCAAUGUCUCCUCCCUUUCUGCUGUCUCCCCGAUUCCUCUCAUUGCAACCUACGCUGCAACAAAGGCCUUUGUUGACAGCUUCUCUCGGAGUCUUGCCUGGGAGUACAAAAGCAAAGGAAUUCAUGUCCACCUCGUCGGCCCUGGGUUCGUGUACACGAAGAAAACUGAUCAAUUGUUGGAUCGGCCGAGUUUGGGAGCACCGACUCCCGAUACCUUCGUCAGAUCCGAUCUGCGCUCCAUCACGAAAAUCCAAGUUACCUCUGGUUAUUGGCUUCAUAACCUCCAGAGAGAUGCUGCCUGUUUCGUGAAUUACGUCUCGCCCGCAUUCGCAACGAGUCUGGGCUGGUGGGGCAUGAAAUUCGUCCUGGAAAAGUCCAAGCAGAGAUCGGAGAAACGCAAGAAACAAUGA